GGUACGGUUCCGGGUCGUGGCGCGGCUCUGGGUAACAGGGCUGCUGUUGCCGGCCGGCGGCGGCGGGGUCAUGAGGGCGUGCCCGGGGCGCCAGGGCCGAGUGGGCCGGUAGGACUGCCGAGGACUUCGUAGGCGCUGGGUUCGGUGCAGGGGCCGGGAGGCGUGGGGGAGUCGGGACCUCCCUCAGGGACGUGUCCCGGGCGAGGCGGCCUGUAGUGUGGGAGCAGCUUCAGGUAAAGGUUGCCCCAGCCGUCGCCCCCUCGCCCGCGGGACCCUCCGACCUCUCAGCACCCCGCUGCCGUCGCUGCCCAGCGGCGCCCGUUGGGGCUGUGCUCGGUGGCCUGGGAACAUCGGUUUCCUUGCUCUUCCUGAGCCUGACAGCUGGGUGUGUGACUUAGGGCUUCAUGCUUGCGAGCCUACCUUUAACCUGUCGCUGUUUCUUGGGCUUUCUUGCCAUACAUACAUCCUGGGCAAGCUCAUUCACACCUAUGGCUUCAUCUGUUACACGUAUGUUGAUGUCUUCCAGAUUUACACAGAGCUUUCUCCAGAACUACAGGACUACUGGGUACUUCUUGAAUUGUGGCAGCCAUGUCCCCAAAGUCUCUAGCUUGGCAGUUCUCUUCCCUCAAAUCUCACAUACCCUUGGCUUUUUCUGUCUUGCUGUAGAUGGAACACCUCAUAGGAUCCCAGAAAUGACACCCCCAAUAACAUGUUUCCUAGGGAAGUCCUGUGGAAGUUCCCUCAGCUGGUAUGGACCAAUUCACACAGAUUCAUCAGGGUAGGUGAGCCUGUGAAACAGUAUGAAGAGAAGAAAAUAGCCUUUUAAAGAGACUGGCCCACAGAAAGGAUGGCCUUCUUGGACAAUCCAACUAUCAUUCUAGCUCAUAUUCGACAGUCACACGUGACCAGUGAUGACACAGGAAUGUGUGAGAUGGUUCUCAUUGAUCAUGACGUUGACCUAGAGAAGACUCAUCCUCCGUCAGUGCCUGGAGACAGUGGGUCAGAAGUUCAGGGAAGCAGUGGUGAGACGCAGGGCUACAUAUACGCCCAGUCUGUUGAUAUUACAUCGAGCUGGGACUUUGGUAUUAGAAGACGCUCAAACACAGCUCAAAGAUUAGAACGACUCCGCAAAGAGAGACAAAACCAGAUCAAAUGCAAAAAUAUUCAGUGGAAAGAAAGAAAUUCUAAACAAUCAGCCCAGGAGUUAAAGUCACUGUUUGAAAAAAAAUCCCUCAAAGAGAAGCCUCCAAGUUCAGGCAAGCAGUCCAUAUUGUCUGUACGCCUGGAGCAGUGCCCUCUGCAGCUGAAUAACCCCUUUAAUGAGUACUCCAAGUUUGAUGGCAAGGGUCAUGUGGGUACAACUGCAACUAAGAAGAUCGACGUCUACCUCCCCCUGCACUCCAGCCAGGACAGACUGCUGCCAAUGACCGUGGUGACCAUGGCCAGCGCCAGGGUGCAGGACCUCAUCGGGCUCAUCUGUUGGCAGUACACGAGUGAAGGACGGGAGCCGAAGCUCAAUGACAAUGUCAGUGCCUACUGCCUGCAUAUUGCUGAGGAUGAUGGGGAGGUCGACACGGAUUUUCCGCCACUGGAUUCCAAUGAGCCCAUUCAUAAGUUUGGCUUCAGUACUUUGGCCCUGGUUGAAAAAUACUCCUCUCCUGGUCUGACCUCCAAAGAGUCGCUCUUUGUUCGAAUAAAUGCUGCUCAUGGAUUCUCCCUUAUCCAAGUAGACAACACAAAGGUCACCAUGAAGGAGAUCUUGCUCAAGGCAGUGAAAAGAAGAAAAGGAUCCCAGAAAAUUUCAGGCCCUCAGUACCGCCUGGAGAAGCAGAGUGAGCCUAACAUCGCUGUGGACCUGGAGAGCACGCUGGAGAGCCAGAACGCCUGGGAGUUCUGCCUGGUUCGCGAGAACAGUUCAAGGGCAGACGGAGUUUUCGAGGAGGAUUCACAAAUUGACAUCGCUACAGUACAGGAUAUGCUUAGCAGCCACCAUUACAAGUCAUUCAAAGUCAGCAUGAUCCACAGACUGCGAUUCACGACGGAUGUGCAGUUAGGUAUCUCUGGAGACAAAGUAGAGAUAGACCCUGUUACGAAUCAGAAAGCCAGCACUAAGUUUUGGAUUAAGCAGAAACCCAUCUCAAUCGAUUGUGACCUGCUCUGUGCCUGUGACCUUGCCGAGGAGAAGAGCCCCAGUCACGCGGUGUUUAAGCUCACGUAUCUAAGCAGCCAUGACUACAAGCACCUGUACUUCGAGUCCGACGCAGCCACAGUCAGUGAGAUCGUGCUCAAGGUUAACUACAUCCUGGAAUCACGAGCGAGCACUGCCCGAGCUGAUUAUCUUGCUCAAAAACAAAGAAAACUGAACAGGCGAACAAGCUUCAGCUUCCAGAAGGAGAAGAAAUCAGGGCAGCAGUGACACUGGCCUCUAGUCUGGUGCCACAGCCCAGGUGGCCUGCAAGGCCAGGUGGACCGGAGUCCACCAGCAUCCUGUAGUGCCGAGACCCGCAGGCACAGGCUGCUGGGCUCUAGGGGAAGGUUUAGAGGUAGGGGUGCGAUUGGACUGAAACUUGGCAAUGGUUCUAAGUAGCAAUGCCCAGGAGCCAGGCCACCUCCUGGAGGGGCUGAGUGCUGCUCAGCCGUGUGUCCUGCCUGGCAGUCCCAGCAAGACUGUACAUAGCCAUGCCAGACAUCUCCUUGCAACUUGAUCAAAUUUCUUAAAGCAAACAAAGAACAAAAGUGUACAUUUCUCUUUCUUUCCUUUUAAUAAACAGGUAUACUCUUUAUCGUGGUUGGUAUGAUGGACCAUUCUUUGGGGUAGAGGAUUGACUAUAUUAUCUUCCUUAAAAUCUGUUCCCAUAUUGAACAGGCAGAUUACAAAAGCUGUGGUUGGAGCUCUCAGAAGCAAUGUUUAGGGCUUAGCCAGUAGUUUAACUGUGCCAUUUGUUUAAAUAAGUGAUUUGCUUUGAGAAUAGCAUCUUACUAAAGUUAGGAAUUGAGGACCUAGCAUGUGCCCAGCGUAAGUGCAUGCGUGGGUGCGUGCGUGCGUGCGUGCGUGCGUGCGUAGCCUUCUAAGGCCUUCUCAACAUGUCAGCGCCUGUGAUCUGAGAGACAGGUGCUGGUAAUAUAGUGUGACAGUGUCUCCAAGUGGUGCUGAGUUCCCAGCCAGGGUCUUCUCUCAUCUCCUCAUAGCAAGUAUGAUAUGGUCAGCCUGCCUCUCUGACCUAUCUCCAAUCCUCUUACCGGUGCCUGCUGUGGAGCCAGACGCUGCUGCUGCUGCUGCUGCUGCUGCUGCUGCUGCUGCUGCUGCUGCUGCUGCUGCUGCUGCUGCUGCUGCUGCUGCUAUACUGAAUCAGGGAGAAGGAGAGCAAGCCCUGGGCAGAAAAGGCAAGGUACCCAGCACCCUGACACCACACCACACCUCUGUCUACACCAGAUGCCUCUGCAGACCUCACCAUGGUCCCGCCUGUGGCAGCAUCCUUGGGCCAGGGCCACAGCCGAUAUCUUAUACGACCUGUGUUUAGGACAUUUUUUAAAUCAUUGUGUCUAAGCAUCUCAGAGUCAAGUGUGCUUCUUUGCAAAGGGGUCGACUGAAUGAAUGCCUCUCUCAUUCUGAUCUGUUCAGCCAACAGGAGCACCCUUUUCUAAUGUCUUCCAUUCCUAUCUCCCCCCAAAAGAAAUAUUAUUUGUAGCUUGCUCUGUAUUUGAAUUUUUAGCAAUUUUAUAUUUAGAUAUCUUUGAAAUUGUAAAUGACUAAUUUGGUCAUUAAAUCUUGUCACAUAUUCAAUAUUAAAAUACUAAAAUAAAAGUCAUAAAUACC